AUGCCGAAUGCAGGAGUUACCACCACUCAGGACGCAUCAUCCGUCUUCGCGGCACCCGCUGGACACAGAGAGUUCACGCUGACUGAAGGCAGUACAGGCGCUCCUUCGUGCCAAAAAGGCUAUUUUCCCUGUGGGAAUCUGACCAAGUGCUUGCCCUCUGCUUUUCACUGCGAUGGCGUAAACGACUGUGGAAACAGCGCUGACGAGGAGAACUGUGGAGACACGAGUGGAUGGGCGACUAUAUUUGGCACAGGCCGUGGACACGCUGAUCAUGGGUCAUUCACACAGCAGUGCUUUCUAAACCAAUACCCACACCACUGUGACUGCAAAGAAACUGAACUGCAAUGUAUAAAUGCUGACUUCAUAUCUGUGCCAAGGAUUGCCAGCAAUGUGACGUUACUGUCUCUUAAGAAAAACAAAAUCUACAGUCUUCCAGAUAAAGUUUUCAUCAAGUAUACAGAGCUUAAAAAUAUCUUUCUCCAGCAUAACUGUAUCAGACACAUAUCCAGGAAAGCAUUUUUUGGAUUAUGUAAACUGCAAAUACUGUAGCUCAGUCACAACUACAUUACCACUCUCAGACCCGGAGAAUUCAAGGAUUUACGUCAUCUAACUUGGCUAAUUCUAGAUGAAAACCCCAUAGCCAGAAUCUCACAGCGGUCAUUUGCUGGAUUGAAUUCUUUGUUCUUCCUGUCUAUGGUUAAUAACUACUUAGAAGCCCUUCCCAAGCAGAUGUGUGCCCGAAUGCCUGAGCUCAACUGGAUGGAUUUGGAAGGCAAUCGAAUAAAGUAUCUUACAAACUCCACCUUCCUGCCCUACAGUUCACUCACAGUGCUGUUCCUGCCGAGAAAUCAAAUUGAUUUUGUUCCAGAGAAGACAUUCUCGUCAUUACAAAAUUUAGGAGAACUGAAUCUGUCCAACAAUCUGAUAGUGGAGUUACCACCCCACAUUUUUCACGACCUGAAGCGUCUCCAAAAACUGAAUCUGUCAUCCAAUCCUCUUUUGUACCUCCACAAGAACCACUCAGAAAGCCUUAAACAACUUCAGUCUCUGGAAGUGAAACUUUGCAGUAUAGACCUGGCAAGGAUAGAGAUUCCAAGGAUAAGCACACGAAUGUUUCAACCCAUGAGGAAUCUUUCUCACAUUUAUUUCAAAAACUUUCACUACUGCUCCUACGCUCCCCAUGUUCGAAUAUGUAUGUCCUUGACUGACGGCAUUACUUCAUUUGAAGACCUCUUGGCUAACAAUAUCCUCAGAAUAUUUGGCUGGGUGAUAGCUUUCAUUACCUGCUUUGGAAAUCUGUUUGUCAUUGGCAUGAGAUCUUUCAUUCAGGCUGAAAAUACAACUCAUGCUAUGUCUAUCAAGAUCCUUUGCUGUGCCGACUGCCUCAUGGGCGUUUAUUUGUUCUUCGUGGGUGUCUUCGAUAUCAAGUACCAAGGGCAGUAUCAGAAGUACGCCUCGCUGUGGAUGGAGAGCCUGCAGUGCCAUCUCCUGGGCUGCCUGGCCAUGCUCUCCACCGAGGUCUCCGUCUUGCUGCUCACAUACCUCACUCUGGAGAAGUUCCUGGUGGUCGUCUUUCCCUUCAGCAACAUCCGUCCGGGAAAAUGACAGACAGCCAUCAUUCUCGUCGGCAUCUGGAUGGCGGGACUUUUAAUCGCCGUAAUCCCAUUUUGGAAUGAGGAUUAUUUCGGAAACUUUUACGGGAAAAAUGGAGUCUGCUUCCCACUUUAUUAUGAGCAAACAGAAGAUAUUGGAAGCAAGGGAUAUUCUCUUGGGAUUUUCCUAGGUGUGAGCUUGCUGGCUUUUCUCGUCACUGUGUUUUCUUACAUUACGAGGUUCUGUUCCACUCAAAACACCACCUGGCGGACGUCGGAAGUCAGGAAUUACGCUGGAAGAGAGGUGGCUGUGGCCAACCGUUUCUUUUUUGUGGUGCUCUCUGACGCCAUCUGCUGGAUUCCUGUAUUUGUCAUUAAAAUCCUUUCCCUCCUCCGGGUUCCUUGUCCCGGCACAAUCACUUCCCGGAUUGUCAUUUUCUUCCUUCCGGUAAACACUGCCUUGAACCCAAUACUCUACACUUUCACCACCAACUUCUUCAAGGACAAGUUGAAACAGCUCCUGUGCAAACACCACAGGAAAUCCACUUUCAAAAUGAAAAAAAAGUCUAUCAGGUCCAUCGUGUGGGCAGAAGACUUCCGUCACUUACACUUGGGUGCUGAAAAGAUAAACCCUGGGGACACUAUAAAGAAGCCUCUUUCCUAG